CAUACUUUGUGAGCAUUUUGGCGCAUUUUCUGCUUGAUGUUUGCCAAAAAUUGCAAAGUAAAAUAUCACUAAAAAGCAAAUAUGUCGACGCUGGAAUUGUGCGAGAAGUACUUUGAGACACGAGAUGUGUACAAGCUGAUGAAUCUCCAGAAGGAUGCCAAAGAGAAGGAAAUUAAGAAGGCAUACCACAAGCUGUCACUGCUGGUGCACCCAGACCGUGUGCCGGAGGACCAAAAGAAGGAGUCGACGGAAAAGUUCAAGGUGCUGUCAAAGAUCUACCAAGUGCUGACGGACAGCCAGAAGAAGGCAUUGUACGACGAACAAGGUAUCAUUGAUGACGAUGACGAUUCGGAAGGCAAGUUGUCCUCAUGGCUGGACUUGUGGAGCAAAAUAUUCAAACCAAUCACCGAGGAAGUUAUCAACAACUAUGAAAAAGAGUAUGUCGGCUCGGAGCUGGAGCGCACGGACGUCAAGAAGGCCUACCUGGGUGGCAAGGGCUGUUUGAACUACCUCAUGAAUCAUGUCCCCUUCAUGAAGGUGGAGGACGAGCCGCGCAUCAAAGUAAUGGUGGAGGCCAUGAUUGCUGCCGAAGAGGUUCCAGAAUACAAGGCCUUCACGGAGGAGCCAGCUGCCAAGCGCAAGAAGCGCCACAACAAGUAUGCGCGUGAAUUCGAAGAGGCCCAGGUCAUCAAGGAGCGCAUUCGGCAGCGCCAGCAGAAAAAAGACGAAGAAGAUCUGGAGGCCUCCGGUGGAAAUCUGCAGCAGAUGAUACUCGCGCGCAAAAAUCAACGCGAAUCCAACUACAAUUCUCUCAUGGAUCGUCUGCUGGAGAAAUACGGCGAUGAGGAUGAUUCCCAGACUGUGGAUUUCAGCUCCUUUGAGAAGAAAAAGAAGUCCAAGGCAAAGAAAUCCGCAAGGUCCAACCCCAAAGAGAAGCUCAAAAGCGUUAGGGCUGGCCGAGUAGAGAAGGCCAAAAAGUAAGCCGUAAUUUUGCAUAUAAAUAUAUUUGAUAAACGCAUACAUAUAAUCGUAUUCCGCAAAGUGUAUUGUAUAAUGUAGCUUAAGUUUAUAUACAGGCAUAUAAAUUGAUAAGUAUA